AUGCCGACGCCGGCGUCGACGACGGCGAUCCCCGCGCGCGUCGCGCGCGCGCUGCCGCGCGCGUCCCGCCGCGCGGCGUCGCGAGGAACCCGCGGCGCGCGACUCCCGACGCGCGCGGGGUCUGCCGCGGGCGACGACGGCCGGAUCGAUGGAAACAUCGCCUCAGACCCCGCCGCCUCAGACGCCUCCCCCGACGUCGCUCGUCGCCGCGGCCGGCGAUCGGUCCUCGCGUCCGCGAUCGCGGUCGCGACGACGACGACGGGCGGCGCGAACGUCGCGAACGGCGGCGCGGACGGCGGCGCGGCGUUCGCCCUCCGAUCGACGCUCAUCCGUCCCGGCGCCGCCGCCGCCGCCGCCGCGACGGUCGACGCGCCCGCGCUCGCGCCGUUCGUCGGCAAGGCUGGGUUCCUUCUCCGGUACCCGAACGGCUGGGUGAAAGCGACGGACCGUCCCGGGAACGACGACGCGAAGGGCGGCGAGACGCUCGCGCUGCUCGGCAACUUCAAAGACAUCGACACCGUGUCCGUGAGAAGGGAGCCGCUGUCGUUGCACGCGGACUUCGUCGAAGCCGCAGCGGGGUGGGACGCGACCGUGAUCGGCGGCGGAUACGACCGUCACGACGACGUCGUCGCCAGGAAGGUGGCGGAGAGUUUGACGCGCGCCGAGCGCGCCGCCGUGGACGCGAACCAAAACUUUGGCGUCGUCGGCGGCGUGGAGAACGGCAAGUCCGGCGUCAUGGACUUCGCGUUCGUCGGGCCCUCGUCCUGCGCGGUCGCGUCCGGCGCCGAACCCGGCUCGACGCAGCCGUACUUUUCGUACGACUACGUCACGGAAGUGUGCCGCGCGGAGGUGGAGGAGGGCCUCGGCGGGGAGAAGAUGUGCGUCGGCCCGCGCGGGGACGUCUUGGACACGAUUCGAAGGCGGAAUUUCGUCGUCGCGACCGACAGCGGCGGGUGGCUGUAUCUCGUGAAGGCGUCCGCGCUGGAGACGAGGUGGGAGGACGACCGCCUCGGAGCGCCCGAUGCGACUGGGAACGCUCGAAACGACAGAUACACCACGCUCCGCGAACGAAACGAGUGGACUCGUGCGCGUCCGCGGCGGCGUCAGUCGACGCGCGCGCGCGAAGCCGCCGCGGUCAUGGGCGUCUUCUCGUGCCUCGCGCCGCCGCCGCGCGCCGCCUCCGUCCCUCCCUCGCGCAAGCGCAUUCCGCCCGCGGCCGACGCGACGACGACGACCGCGGCGGCCGCGCCCGCGAGCGAGCUCAGCGAGGCUGGCUCCGGCGACCGCUCGCCCUCCCCCUCGAGCUCCUUCGUCUCUCGGACGCGCUCGCUCUCCGACGUCACCGCGCACGCGAUCGAAGAGGAGCGCGCGCGACGCCAAUCCCGCGCCGUCUCGGACCGCGACCUGCCCCCGCCGGUGUGGGACGCGCUCUCGGACUCGCUCCUGGAGGCGUCCGCGCGUCGUCUCCGCGCGCGCGACCCUCCGCCCGAGGAGAAGCGCAUGUGGGAGACGUAUCACGCGCUCAAGGCGCUCGCGCCGAUACCCGCGUUCGGCGGCGGCGGCGGCGGGGAAGAAGAGUCGGGUACUAAUAAUAACGCGCACUCGUCGGGCGUUACAAAUAACAACAACAGCACGGAGAGGAGAGUCCCGACGACGCCGACGACGCUCGCGAAGCUCGCGGAGGACGGCCUGAUGCGCGGCGACGACGACUGGGCCCGACGCGAGGACGUCCGAGCGCUCCUCGCGGAUGACGUCGUCUAUCACACCGCCGACGGACUCACGCUCGAGGGCGUCGAGCGCGUGAUCGAUAAGAUGUGCGAUCAGACCGCGAGGCUCGCGAAGCGCAUGAAGCGGAGCCGGAGGCAGCGCGCGGAGGGGAAGGAAGGCGGCGGCGGGGCGGCGGCGGCGGCGUCGAUGAAGCAGGCGAAGAUAAAGACGUCUGGACCCACGUACGCGGGCAACGGCGUGUGGGUGAUGUCGUACGAGUUCUCCAUGAUGCUCAUGAAGGUGCGCAUACGCGAGGAGUUCAUCUUGGAGGAAGGGACCGAGCGCGUCAAGGACCUCAGGAGAGUGCGCGUGUGA